AUGUCGUGCUUCAAAUCCAAAUUCACCGAUGAGCUUAUUGCCAAUGCCGCUUACAUCGGUACUCCAGGGAAAGGUAUUCUCGCUGCCGAUGAAUCCACUGGGACAAUCGGGAAACGUUUCGCAAGCAUUAACGUUGAGAACGUUGAAUCAAACAGACGUGCUCUACGUGAGCUCUUGUUCACCACUCCCGGAGCUCUCCAAUACAUCAGUGGUGUCAUCCUCUUCGAGGAAACUCUCUACCAGAAAACAGCUUCAGGGAAACUAUUUGUGGAUGUAAUGAAGGAAGCAGGAGUCCUUCCAGGUAUCAAAGUCGAUAAAGGAACCGUCGAGCUAGCUGGUACAACCGGUGAAACCACAACCAUUGGCCUCGACGGGCUCGGAGACCGUUGCAAGAAAUACUACGAAGCUGGUGCACGUUUCGCCAAGUGGCGUGCCGUUCUCAAAAUCGGACCCAACGAGCCUUCCGAGUUAUCCCUCCACGAGAACGCCUACGGUCUUGCUAGAUACGCAGUCAUUUGCCAAGAGAACGGUCUUGUCCCCAUCGUCGAGCCGGAGAUACUUGUAGACGGAUCUCACGACAUUGAGAAAUGUGCUUACGUCACGGAACGAGUCCUCGCAGCUUGUUACAAGGCUCUUAGUGAUCAUCAUGUGAUCUUGGAAGGAACACUCUUGAAACCAAACAUGGUUACUCCUGGCUCCGACAGUAGCUCCAAGGUGAAACCGGAAGUGAUCGCGGAGCAUACGGUCCGUGCUUUGCAACGGACUGUUCCCCCAGCUGUUCCAGCUGUUGUGUUCUUGUCUGGAGGACAGAGUGAGGAACAAGCAACUGUGAAUUUAAACGCGAUUAAUCAGCUCAAAGGUAAGAAACCAUGGAGCUUGACGUUUUCGUAUGGGCGUGCGCUUCAGCAGAGUACGCUUAAGGCUUGGGGAGGUAAAGAGGAGAAUGUUGAAAAGGCUCAAAAGGCGUUCUUGGCUCGAGCUAAGGCUAACUCGGAGGCAACCACUGGUGCCUAUAAGGGUGAUGCUCAGCUUGGUGAAGGUGCUUCCGAGAGCCUUCACGUCAAAGACUACAAAUACUAA